AUGAAAUCACACUAUCCAGCCUGUAGAAGAAAACAAACCAACGUUAUACCUACAGUCACGAAAAGGCCAUUACCAUCCAACAAGAAAACUUCUACUACUAAUGAUGCGCAGGCGGCUGGCAUCUCUGACCUACAAUGUCUAGCCUGUCACAAAGAUAACAUCAGUUUUGUUGCUAAAGAUAAAAAGAGUCUCACAUCUCAUAUGCGGGCAAAACAUCCCGAAACAUAUGAAAACUCAAAAAAAGUUGCAAACAUCCGUGUUGCUUGGAGUAAAGAUGAAGACAUCUUAUUGGCCAACCUUGAGCUUGAAUUGAAAUCGAUCCAGAAAGGUCAAAUCUUAGAUCGACUAUGCUCUGAAUGGAACAAAAAGGUUGAGAAAUCACAUGCCAAUUUCCGCUCCAAAGAUGCAAUCCGUACUCGCAGACAACAAGCUGCAUACAAGGCAACUCUGCACGAUAUCCAGACACGUAUGCAAACUACCAUACAAAAUAAGAAAAAGGAUGAUGUGUCUGAUGACGAUCAAACUUCUAGUGAGUCAGAAGACGACGCUGAAGUACAUAAUGCAACUACAAGUAAUAAUGAUAAUAACAGGAGCGAUGAGGAUGAUGUGAGUACCAUUAAAAAUCUACUACGAGAGCUACUAAGUAGGAAUGGAAACAAACUGUCCGCCUACAUGAGUGAAGCGAUUCAAACCUUCUUGAAUCCAAAUCAGGCCACUGACGCAGUACAACUAACGAUGCUCGGAAUCAAUCAUGCAAUCACCAACAUCAGGAAUAGAAGUACUAAAAAUUCCAGUAGCCGUCAAGGAGACAAGAACAUGCUUGCUACGAAUAAGAAACUGGCUCGGAAUCCAUCUCGCAUAAGAAAGGCAAACGAAAGGGCUUACUAUCAACAUCUGUAUAAGCAUAAUAAGUCCAGGCUCAUGGAUGAAUUAAUCAAUGGGGUGCCUCCGAACAGUGAGCCGCCACCUAUCCAUGAUGCUGUCCAAUUUUAUGAACAAAUGUGGUCCACGUGCACACACGACCAACAUGGUGUUGAAGUCAAAAUUCAAUCUAACAAUAACGACUAUCAACUGUUGUCGCCUAUCACAAAGAUCGAUAUUGCAAAUGCAAUUAAAAGGACCAAGCGAGAAACAGCCAAAGGAGUCGAUAUGAUAACCCUGCAAGAGGCAAAACAACUAGCUGAGGAUGAACUAUUGAUAGCGUUCAACAUAUGGUUGGGGAGUAAACAAAUUCCAAAGGAAUUGAAGCUAAAUCGCACUACCCUCAUUCCAAAAGGGAACCAAGAUCUGGACAAGAUCACAAAUUGGAGACCUAUAACUAUCUCUUCAGUGCUUCUUCGCUUAUACAAUAAAAUAAUUGGGUAUCGAAUGAAUAAGUUCUUUGAAAUCGACAAACGACAAAUGGGUUUUACACCCAUAAAUGGAUGUAGCCUCAACAUACUAUGGUUGCACCAUCUCUUGAAGCAUGCACGUUUAAACAAAAGAGAAAUUAAUGUUUGUCUGAUAGACGUAGCUAAAGCUUUUGACUCAGUUCCUCAUGAAAGCAUCUUCAGAGCUCUCAAAAGGCAUAAAGCACCACUCUCUUUCAUAGAAAUGGUACGCAAUCAAUAUACUGAUAGUUUCACCUCCAUAACAUAUAAAGACCUAUGUUCGAAAAAAAUUCGCAUUACACGAGGUGUUAAACAAGGCGACUCGCUAUCGCCGUUACUCUUUAAUCUUGUAACGGACGAACUAUUUGAAAUUCUGGGAGAUCAGCUAGGAUAUCAAAUAAAUAAUAUUGGUUCAACGAAUAUUAAAUGUUUUGCUGACGAUAUUUGUCUCGUAUCAGGCACAAAAAUCGGCAUGGGACACAUGAUCACGGAAUCAAUUAAAUUCCUGAAUGAACGGGGUCUACAAGUAAAUGCCAAAAAAUGCAUGUCUAUUGCUCUCGAAAAAGGGUACAAGGGCAAAAAAAGCAAAAUAGUAACCGAAUCCGUGUUCAGCACUAACGAUACACCGAUUCCGAUCUUAGGCUUCAUAGACAAUCAUACGAAAUAUCUUGGCAUUAAAUUUACUUCAGUAGGAGUAAUCAAGGCGGACAUAAUCAAGGACGAGAUACGAAGUACCCUUGCAAAAUUGCAAAAAGUAUCGCUGAAACCUCAACAAAAGAUUGAUCUCCUACGUUCUCAUGUCAUCCCCUUAUAUGUAUACCAGCUGACAAAUCUUGAACUAUAUCCUAAGCUAUUAAAACAAAUCGAUCUCAUUAUAAGACGUACCGUAAGAACCAUACUUCACCUUCCAAUUAGUUUGAGUACAGAAUUCUUCUACCUUCCGAUUAAGGAAGGCGGGUUACAAUUGCCACUGAUGAGAGACAACAUCGGAAUGGCUAAAGUCCGUAUAUAUAAGACAAUUAUGAGAUCGGACGAUGCAGUGCUCAAGUACCUAAUGGAAAACCAAGGGUUUCCGAUCAUACAUAGAUUCACGGACGAAUUAAAACUUGACAGUUCGUUUGAAUCGGACGAUAUCAAACAACGAAAGAUCGAAAUCCAAAAAGAGAGAAGGGUAUCUUUUGCGAAUAAAGUCCAUGGAUACGGCUCCGAAGUCUUCGCGACUUGUCCACUAACUAAUUUUUGGCUAUAUGGAGACUGUAAAACACUGUCCGUGACGCGCAUGAGGGGGAUGAUGAGCACUACUGACCUCUCACCUCCAUUGGCUGCAACGCAGCGGUCUGGUCUACAACUCCGCAACAGGAAGGUAGCCUGGCCAACGGUUGUUUCUCCGGGAGCAGGACCAACAGCUGACGAUGGUGUCUCAACCGACAAAGGCGAAAAGAACGUUACUGUUGGCGUUCAAGCCGUCACUCCUCUUACUCAACAGUCCGAAAUAAGUUCUUCGGGACGAAUUAAAGGACCGAGUAGAGGCGCCUCUGCUUGUCAGAGAAAGAUAGGAUUGUCCUGGAAGGGCAAGGAAGAGGAAGAGCUUCGGAGGUUGGUCGGUAUUUAUACCGGGCAGACCGGGAUCAUCUCCUGGUCGAAAAUCGAAGAAGCUUGGAAUCAGUUAGCGGACGUCUCCGUAAGGAGCAAAAGUAGCCUUAGUAGUAAGUGGCGGGACUUAAGAUCUAAACCCCACUUGCUAGGUUCGAGUGGAGCUCGAGACGACUCAACUGUGGGCGUCUCGGCCACAAUAGAAGCAGAUCUCGUAAGAUCGAAUUCACCUGUUGACCCGCCAAGUAGUACCGUUGUUGCAGAUACCCGUGAAGAAAAAUCGGGUAGCAAAAGAGGAAAGAAGAAAAACAGCAACAACAGAAGAAACGGAUCGCCCCCUGUCAAUGUAAAUAUUGUAAAUAAUAAUAAUAAUAAUAAUAAUUUUAUUAAUAACAAUGAUGGCAGCGGCAGCGACAAGGAUGAGGGUGAAGGAGGCGAGAAAACAGAAAUCGUUUUACCAGAGAUUUCAGAAGAUGACAUACAACCAGAUCUCGGAGCCUUAUUUAUCAGAAAUUUGAAAAAGGCAAGAAAAGAAGGUUGUGAUGGAUUCCGAAAAUCGUUGAAAAAGAGGAAGAUCGAUAAACCAACAUGGAACCAACUAUCUAUUGGAGUGUAUGCUGGCGCAAUGACAGUAGAAAUGGUGGCCAAUCGAUCGACCGUUGAAAUACAAAGAAGAACAGCAAAUUGGUUUAAAGCAACAUCCAUGGAAAUGGACAAAUUACGGAAAACCAUUGGAAAAGCUACAGCUGAACUUGGAAGAAGGAAAAGCAAUGUGGAAUUAGCACCGACACCCAGGCAAGUUUCUAACAUCAGACUACUUGAGAAAAGGUAUCGUUGUUCCUCGAAUGACGAUAUUAAUUCACUUGUAGAGAGACUUAAGCACCGGCUCCGACUAUUAUCGGAACGAAUAGAACUUAGAAAGGCGGAUGAGAACCGAAUUAAGAUCAGGCGCUCUCCCCCUAAGAUGAUAUUCAUAGAUAAUAGUGGUGAAGAAAACACCGAUACCACAGAUAUUCACAAAAUCCGUAGGUAUUGGAAAAACAUCGUAGGUGUGAAAAAGGACUUCCAAGCACAUGAUCAGCACUUAACGGAUUGGAAACAAUCUAUAUCCAAAGUUUCUGAAGGUGGACGCAUAGGAGAUGAUCUCACGACGGAAAUGUGGCAAGAGGUCAUUAGGAAUUUAAAGCCCUGGAAGGCCAGUGGACCAGAUGGGAUACAAGGUUUCUGGUGGAAGUCAUUCCCCAGUGCCAAUAACUAUCUGUACAAGCUGGUAUAUCACCACCUCACAACAGGAACUCCCCUACCACAAGGGUGGAUAGCCAAUGGUCGAACAGUCCUACUAUAUAAGGCAGGUUCCAGAGAAGAUCCGUCAAAUUUCAGACCCAUCACCUGUCUGAACACCUGCUACAAGAUUCUCACGGGAUACAUAGCUAUAUACCUGAGCCGGUAUAUAAAUGAGCGCAAUAUACUGCCGAUUGAGCAGAGAGCAUUGCAAAAGAAUGUUUGGGGCUGCACACACGCACUCAUAGUUGAUCAGACAGUGGUUGCUGACGCAUUCUAUCAAAAGCAGAGACCACUUAGUGUCGCAUGGAUUGACUAUGCAAAGGCAUUCGACUCCGUACCGCACAAGUACAUACUCUGGGUACUUGAAGCAAUGCAAGUUCCUUCCCCGUUGAGAGCUCUGAUAAAGAGUUUGAUGUCGCAAUGGAGAGUAAAAUACGAGGUUAAAGCAAAACGCGGCAAGUGUAUUCGAAGCCAGUUUUUAAAGAUUAAAUCUGGAGUCCUACAGGGCGACAGCUUUAGUCCACUCUUGUUUUGUUUGAGCAUGGCUCCGUUAAGUCAUGCCCUCAAUCAUCUUGGUCUUCGAUACGAAACGGCCUGCGGAAGAAAAGAAAACCUCACACUAUCUCUCUCGCAUCAAUUUUACAUGGAUGACUUGAAGCUGUAUGCCAGCUCAAGGGAAAACCUGAAAAAAUUGCUGAACGUAGUAAAGGCAGUAUCAAAAGCCAUAAGCAUGAAGAUCAACGCGCAAAAGUGUGCCACAGCACAUUUUGUACCUAAAUGGCUGAAGAACAGCAACAAGGUAAGUACAACCACGGAUGAUGGUGACAUACCAACGCUAGAUGGAGGAAGCCACUACAAAUAUUUAGGUAUUGAUCAAAACAUGCAAGAAAAAGGUGACGUCUCGUGGGAUCGUGUAGCGAAAAAGUGCCUGCAAAAGUGCAAACGCCUGUGGACCUCCGAUCUCACAUACAGACAAAAAGUAGUAGUAUACAACACUACCAUAAUACCAGCAUUAACAUACGUCAGUGCAAAUCUUAUCAAAGUUAGCGGGAAAUAUGAAUCCCAAUUAGCUAAAGGAGAGAGCUUUGAUAAAGAUAUAAGAAAGAUGCUCGUGACUGAAAAAGCUAGAUAUAAAGCUAACUCAAAGAAACAACCAUCUACACCUGGGCAUACCUAUGCACUAGAGCAGACUUGA